AUGCACUCAAACACGAAUGCUUAUUGGCAGCAAACCCACGCAAACAUGGAGGCGUUCCUCCAUAAUUUUGUGGAUCCGACGCCUACACUUAGGGCCGAUAACAGCGACUCGGUGGCUGAACAGGCACCACCGACCUUGGGGAACAACGCCCUCGGCUUGUACAUCAACGGCGACGUACCUCCCAUUAACAGGCCCACUCUGUCUGACGAGGUGGUGGUCGGUCCCACAACCGCCGUGCCAAUUUCCGAGGUACUUGCGCCUGGGCCGAGACGUGCCUUCGUGCGCCCACGGUGGUUCUCUAGUCCCGAACCGAGACCCUCCCCGCCUAGCACGCCAGUCGAUCCGACCACCCACCAAGGCUACAUCCAUCUUCCCACUGGCAAUGGACCUUGGCCCGUCCCCGCGAGCGACUUUAACCCCCCCGCGCCACUCGCGCUAGGCCUUCUUAACCUCCCCGAGGGGGUGUGGGGACCGACGUACCAAUACGAGUUCACCUUCCCGACGGGCCACCACGGCCAGGCGGCCCUGCCACAACCAUUCAACAUGCAAGGAGGCUUCUUCAACAACACCGGGAUGGGGGCUUUCGAGAACAGAGGUACACCUCUCGCGCCAGGCCAUCUUAACCUCCCCGCGAGAGUUUGGGGAUCGACGUACCAAGGCACGUUCGCCUUCCCGAUGGCCAACCACGGCCAGGCGGCCCGGCCGCAACCAUUCGGCAUGCAAGGGGGCUUCCUCAACAACACGGGGACGGGGGCUUUCGCGAAUGGAGGUAUGAGGAUGAUGGGAGGAGGGGAAGGGAUGUACACCGCGCGCACAGGGCCGUCGACGGCUCACGCUCAAGUACCGUUCCCCACCUAUCCUAUGUCGGGGUUGGCACCCAGCUGGCACCUGUCGCAGGAGGCGCAGGACGGGCCACGGGGCACGGUGAAAGAGUAG